CACAUUUCCUUCUCGCAUUCCUUCAAGCCUGACAUUUCUCCCAUUCUCUGAAGGAAGGAAUCGAGAGAUACAAAAAACCCUAGACCUUCUCUGCCUCGAAGAAUCAACCCAACAUUGCUUCGUACACAGCAGGUCGUCUAUCCAACGGGCGUUUUGUCGUUGCCAUCUGAUCUGAUUUGAUCUUUCAACAUUUGUAAUAGAAGAGAGAGCAUUUAGCUCUCUUUCUCUCUCUCUCCUCUGCUUUUUGGGAAACCUUGACUUGCUUAAUUUGUCGAAAUACUUUGUUUCUCGGCAGAUCCAUUAGGUCUUGCUGACUUAUUGAAAUUCUUUAGCUGAUUUUUUUAUGGCUACCGCUACGCAUUUAUACGGAUUUAAAACUUCCUACACUUCUUUGUCAAGGAGAGCUUCGUACUACCAAUCUUUGUUGUCGCAGCCCAGGCUUGAUGUUGCAGUGUCCGUGGCUUCUGUUUCUGGACACUGUACAAUACUGAACGGUUCUUCAUGUAGGGGAAGAGUUCUGAGAGUUAGUGCUGGGCAAGGAAAUAUUGAUGUCCUUGAGCGGAGUGACACCGAGAAUCAAGGUUCACAAGGACUAGCUAAUGAGUUGACAUGUGUGAUGAAGUUUGGUGGAUCAUCGGUGGCCUCGGCUGAAAGGAUGAGAGAAGUAGCUGACCUCAUUCUCAGCUUUCCAGAAGAGAGGCCAGUGAUUGUUCUCUCUGCUAUGGGGAAGACAACGAACAAGCUUUUACUGGCUGGAGAAAAGGCUGUCAGUUGUGGUGUUUCAAAUGCCUCUGAUAUUGAAGAGUUGACCUUCGUGAAAGAAUUGCAUCUCAAGACUGUUGAUGAGCUUGGAGUAGAAAGGUCUAUCAUUGCGGCACACCUAGAGAAAUUGGAGCAACUUCUUAAGGGAAUUGCUAUGAUGAAAGAAUUGACACUACGCACAAAGGACUUCUUGGUCUCAUUUGGGGAGUGCAUGUCCACCAGAAUUUUUGCAGCAUAUUUGAAUAAAAUGGAUGUCAAAGCCCGCCAAUACGACGCCUUUGAUCUCGGUUUUAUUACAACAGAUGAAUUCACAAAUGCUGAAAUUUUGGAAGCAACUUAUCCAGCUGUUGCAAAGAGAUUGCAUGGUGAUUGGAUUAGUGAUCCUGCAAUUCCUGUUGUUACUGGUUUCCUCGGAAAGGGUUGGAGAACUUGUGCAGUGACUACAUUGGGUAGGGGUGGUAGUGAUUUGACUGCGACAACCAUUGGUAAAGCAUUAGGGUUGCAAGAAAUUCAGGUAUGGAAAGAUGUGGAUGGUGUCUUGACUUGUGAUCCUAACAUAUAUCCACGUGCUGAACCUGUGCCAUAUCUAACUUUCGAAGAGGCAGCUGAACUUGCGUAUUUUGGUGCUCAGGUCCUGCAUCCGCAGUCCAUGAGGCCUGCUAGAGAAGGCGAUAUUCCUGUUAGGGUCAAGAAUUCUUACAAUCCUAAUGCUCCGGGUACUCUUAUCACUAGAACAAGAGAUAUGAGCAAGGCAGUUCUAACUAGCAUUGUUUUGAAACGAAAUGUAACCAUGUUAGAUAUUGUUAGCACUCGCAUGCUAGGUCAAUAUGGCUUCCUUGCCAAGGUGUUUUCAAUAUUUGAAGAUUUGGGCAUAUCUGUGGAUGUUGUAGCCACUAGCGAAGUUAGCAUUUCCUUGACAUUGGAUCCAUCAAAGCUAUGGAGCAGAGAACUGAUCCAGCAGGAACUUGAUCAUGUUGUCGAAGAACUUGAGAAAAUUGCAGUUGUGAAUCUCCUACAGCACAGAUCAAUCAUUUCUCUGAUUGGAAAUGUUCUGAGGUCCUCACUGAUAUUAGAGAAGGUCUUUCAUGUCUUCCGCUCCAAUGGAGUCAAUGUCCAGAUGAUCUCCCAAGGUGCAUCUAAGGUCAACAUCUCAUUGAUAGUAAACGACAGCGAAGCAGAACAAUGUGUCAGGGCUCUUCACUCUGCUUUUUUUGAGAGUGAUCUCUCGGAACUAGUCUGGGAAUAUAGAUCUGAAAAUGGGUCUGUUGCAGCAUUGCAAAGUUGAUGUUGACAUGCUUUCCUUUCAAGUUCUCUUUCUCAAGGAUUACCGUCGUCUCAAUUAAAUUUAUAUUCCAUUGCAUCCAAAUCUGGGCGAGCAUUUAUUUCCAUUCCUAUUAGCAAUUCAACUGUACUUCUGUAGUUCUUCAUCUAAUAUGAAAUUUUAAUGACUUUAGAAGAUAAUGAUACUGUAUUAAUGCUUUAUAACAAGAUCAUGUAGACUUUCACUUCAAGGACAUUAUUGUUUUUGAAUUUGUCCCUCAGUGACUCUAGUAGGUUUCCUUGGUGCUGUUGGCUGGGCCUGCCUUGUUGAAUUUUUUUGCAAGAGUAAUCUACAUGAAUUUUUUGCAAGAAUAGUCGACAUGAUCUUGUUCUACUAUGUUGCUCAAUUUCUUGAGUUUCCUAAGCCGGUAAUGUUCUUGGAGAAGUCCAG